AUAAAUCAUUUAUCUGCAAAUUGCUCAACAUUAAAUAUUAUUGGUGAAAUACCUUUAGAAAUAAAUGUCAAUGGAAUAAAAACAACAAUUAUUGCCGAUGUUACAACAAAUCUUGUUACAAAUUUGAUAUUAGGUAGUGAUUGGAUUCAAUCAAACAAUGUUUAUAUUCUCACACCUGAACAACGAAUUAUGAUCCGAAGUCGAGGUAAAGAAGUAUCAACUCCUUUUGCUACACCACCUCUUCUAAAUUAUCCAGCUACUCUUAUUAAUUAUAUUACUCUUCCUCCUUUUUCAGAAAAAAUAGUAGAAGCAAAAGUUCAACCCAACAAUAUGACUGAUGUAUUAUUUGAAGCAAAUCCUCGAUUAAAAAAUAAAGCAUUAUUUACUGCCAAUGCAUUACUCAAUAUUGAAAAUAGAACAAUAAAAAUUAGUAUAAUUAAUGCAACCAAUCGACAACAAACGCUUUCCGAAGGAACCAAAUUAGGUAUAGUGACACAAGUAUCUUCUACAAUUGGUGUCACCAUACCAUCAAAUUAUGUAACAGAACGCAUUCCGGAAGGAAAAGCGUGUAAAGAGCUCAUUCCUGAAGGGAAAGGAGCGAAUGAAUUAAACAACUUAAGUUUUAAUAAUACUACAACAUUACAUGGGAAACAACAUCAAUGUCGUGAAUGUUAUCGAAAAUUUAAUACUGGCAAUGAAUUAUUUGAACAUCUUAGAAACAAAUGUUAUCCUGAAGAAAUUAGACAACAAAUAAAUAAAUUAACUGAACAUAUUAGUGAUGAUAAACAACGAGAACAAAUUUUAAAAAUUUUAUGGAAAUAUGGACAAUUAUUUGAUAUUAGAAGACCAUCAAAAAUUGAUAUUGUUUUAAAAAAUGCUAUCGAUACUGGUUCACAUCGGCCAGUCCACACUCCACCAUAUAGAAAAUCCAACAAAGAUCAAGAAAUCUUAAGGAAAGAAACAGAAAAAUUAUUAAAGAAUGGAAUUAUUGAACAUUCAACAUCUCCAUGGUCUUCACCAGUCGU